CAAAACAUAAAGAGAGAGAGAGAGAGAGUGUUGAUUUGGAUUCAAACAAGAAGAAAUCAGGAAAUAGAGAGAGAGAAAAAGCAUGAGGAGAAUUAAAGAGAGAGAAUCUGUGGCUGAGAGACAGUGAGCGAGAAAGAGCGGGAGAAGAGGAGAGAGAGCGCGAGAGAGAGAGAGAGAGAGAGAGAGAGAGAGAGAGAGAGAGAGAGAGAGAUCUAGUAGCUGGUUUAAAGCUCAACGCUCUGAUCUUUUCCUGCUCUCUCUCUCUCUCUCUCUCUCUCUCUCUCUCUCUCUGUCUCCCUGACUCUCUCUCUCAUUCUCACUCUCUUGUGGACGUGCAGCGAUGAUCCUGAGGUCAACACUGUCUCCUGCCGUCCACACUCUGUCUCUGUCCUCGUCGGUCCACACAGGUGAGACUCAGGUGAUUCUCUGUCUCAUGGACAAAGACCUGAAGAAGAGCGGGACUGGAAUCCAGAGAGGGCGAUAAAAAAAAAGAAAAGAAAGAAGAAGAAGAAGAAGAAGAGACGACGAGAGAACGAGCCCGACGACGACAGAGAUGAGAGUGGUACUCGCGUGUGCCCUCCUCUCCCUCCUCUCCCUCCUCUCUUCAUCACAUGCCUGUCCAAAGGAGUGUUCCUGCAACAGCGACACCAAAGUGGUGGACUGCCGGGGUCAAGGACUGUACGACAUCCCCCGACGACUGCAACCAGACACGCAGGAGCUGUACCUGCAGGACAACCGCAUCCGGGGCGUGGGGUCCAUGGCCUUCAGGGAGACACCGCUCGUGCGCAUCCUCGAUCUGUCCAACAACUCCAUCGCGUCUGUUUCGCCCACCGCUCUGCUGGGUUUGAGGACUCUACAGCGCCUCAGUCUGGCCUACAACAACCUGAAAGAGCUGGACAAGCGGUUGCUCGGACCGAUCCGCUCCCUUACACACCUGGACCUCUCACAUAACAGCCUGUGGGGUUUACCCGGAGCCAUUGUGGACAGUCUGAGGAACCUCAGCCACCUGGGUUUGGCACACAACAGGAUAACACGAGUGGACCGCUCCGUGUUGGAGGCUCUGACCCGUCUGGACAACCUCACACUGCGAGGAAACCCCUGGAGAUGUGACUGCCAGCUCAUCGGCCUCAAACUGUGGCUGGAGACGUUCCUCUUUAAAGGUGGAGCGGUGGACGAGGUCCUGUGCUCUCAGCCAGAGGAGAUGAAGGACCGAGACCUGCAGAAAAUCCCCUACCAGCUGUUCCACGUCUGCAUGACCACCAGCUACCACUACCUGUUCGCCAACAUCCACCACCUGGAGUCAGAGAGGCUGCUGCGCACCCACACCCACGGCAACCACGCUCUGCACAUCCCCGUGGCGAUGGGGGAGGGCUUUGGUGGUGCUGGAGGAGGAGCAGCAGCAGGGGGAGGAGGAGCAGCAGCAGGGGGAGGGGGAGGAGGAGGAGCAUCGGCGGCAGCGGCAGCAGCAGCAGGAGGAGGAGGAGGAGGGAGUAUCCCAGAGUGUGAACCUAAGCAGAGGCCGCGUCCUGUCAACCUGCGCCAUGCUAUCGCCACCGUCAUCAUCACGGGCGUGGUGUGUGGGAUUGUGUGUCUGAUGAUGCUCGCCGCUGCCGUGUACGGCUGCGCCUACGCCGCCGUCAUGGCCCGAUACCAGCGGGAGCUGAAGAAGAACGAGGAGCUGGCGGCGGCGGCGGCGGCGGCGGCGCAGGCAGCCGAUAACGCCACGGCGGACGAGAAGGAGCCACUGGAGAACGCUAUCGCCUAAGAGACGCUAACAGGAAGCCUGGACGCCUCAACCCUUUAACCUAAAUGUGUUUGGAUGCCAUAUGUGAGCGUGUGCAUGAACUAAAGAGAGAGUGAAUGUGUUAUGUAUGAAUGAGGGUUGUCACUUUUUAUCUGAAAGGUCAAAACAUUCAGCCUAGAAGCACAUCAGACUUGUCUGAAGGAAUUACAGAGAGGUCCAGCAGAGGGCGCUCUGAGCACAAGCAAGCGUGACGGUCCUCUGAGCGACCAAAGACAUUUAUAAAGAGAACAUUUGUAAGUAUUUUGGGUUCUAGAGCUGACUCACCUGUUAGCUUAGCUUAGCUUGUAGGCGACACAGUGCAUACACUGGUUUAAAGAAAGUAAAAUCAGCCUCAUUUUGGGGAAAUUGCUCUUGUUUUUCACGAGGGCCAGAGCCACGAAUGACAGGGGCCAAAACGGCUCCUGGCAGGAAUACAUGCGAGGAGCCGUCAUCCUUCAGAUUAUUCUUCUCUCCGUGUCUUUGAAGUUAACGAGCAUAAAAACUCUUGAAACUUGGCAUAGAGUUCAGACUGGCGAAAAUGCGACAUUGGCAUAGUUCCCAGAACUGUGCAUUGCUCAAGGGCUCUAUAGCGCUCCCUAAGGUGAAAACAGAGGCAAAAUUGAGUUCCACCGAAUUUCCCCAAACUUGGUGGGGAGAUGUUAUCGACCAAGACGAACAAAAAAGUCGAUCGUAACCGUGACCUCAACUCAACAGGAAGUCGGUCAUUUGGAAUUUUGGUAAUUUGCACCCGACGUAAAUGAGCGAGACACAUCACAGGUGAAACGUUGUCGGGAGGUUUCGCGGAUUUAAAAGUGAGGUCAGGGAACUGCUGAACGCGAGGGCCGAUCACGACUGCGUGCAGACCGAGUUCAAACUUGUUUUUGAAAGAAAAAGAAAAAGGUGACAGCCCUGGUGUGCGUUUGUUUUUGUGUGUUCACCUCAUUUCUCAGACUUUUUGACUAUGCACUGAUGACAGGGUUUGUUUGACGGAAAAAACAGGCCAAAGAAAUCCAAACGUAUCAAUUCCAUUCUGUCCAAGAAAUGCAUAUCACAGAUGAGAAGAAAUGGCUUUAUAUUUAUAAGUGUAUAUAUGUAUGUAAGUAUGUAGGUGUAGAGUAGUAUUUAACAUGUCAGACUUUGGUUGUCUUUUGGUUGUCGUUCUUAAUUUAGAGUCUGAUUUUGAGGAGUCACAGAAGGCCGGUGAACUUCUGUUGAACGUUUGUGUUACAUUUGUGCUCGAGCGUGUGAGGACGUAAACAUGAACCUGAAAAGUAACGGAAGUAAGCAACCGGCCAUUACUGCAGAGGAAUAUACCGCCAACAGCCGCUUCCUGCCUACAUGUGUCGUUUUGGUUGUGUGACGUCAUCUGGCCAACUUUUUUACAACUCAACAGGUCACCAGGUUCAUGCAUGCUGUCUGCACAUGCUGUGUUUUAUAGAGAAUUUAAGUCUGUGCCUGAUAAUGUGACAUCAUUUCACGUGUUUUGAGUGUUUUCAAAGAAUAUUUUUCCGUGACGACGGAGGAAAUUCGUCAAAGCAAUAAUGAAACAAAAAUGAUGACAAUGAAACCUGGACCUCUGGUGUUUCUCAGUGACUCUGCACACACACACACACACACACACACACGUCCUUCAGUAUGUAUUAUAUAAAAACGGGAAACAUUUGAUUACUGUAUGUGUUCUGACAAUCCACUGGAGGAGGCAUGCUUCUUUAAAAAUGAAGAAACUUAUUAAAAAGAGGAGUAUUUUUGUCCA